AUGACACGAAUCGGAAAAAUGGAUUUUUCGUAUUGUGACGAUUACAAACAAUCAAGGUACGAUAACAUAUUCGACGUGCAAUCAGCGAGACAUAUUGAAUCUUGUUAUUUAAGAAUUCCAGACGAAACAAAAUUUAAAAAAAAUGGCGACGAUGUUUACGUCACGAAUUUAAACGAUUAUCACGAUAUAUCAUCUAGUCCGAACUGUUCGAAGCUUUACGGUGAACCAAAGACAAAAAUUUAUCAAACAAACGUCGGAGAAAAUUAUUGCGUAGGUGGCGGUGGUGGUGGUGGUGGUGGCGGUAAAACGGAUCAUUCGAGAUAUUCGGCAUUUACGUCACUUCCGGUUGGAAAUAAAACCGUUACAAAUAUCGAUUACGGUGUAGGAACGUUUGGUAUGACGUCAGAAAAAAACAACAACAACAACAACAACGAGAACGACAACGUUGGGGAUUUCGUACAACAUCCAAAUUUUCCAAUAAAAAACGCGAGCUUUUUAAAACUACGAAAAAUUCCAAGUUAUAGAGGUGGCGGUGGUGGAGGCGGAAGAGGACGUGGAAGGAGAAAAAUGACGAUUGAUAGAACGCCGCCGCCGGCCGUUUUAAAAAAAAGACGUUUGGCAGCAAACGCGAGAGAAAGAAGGAGAAUGAACGGUUUGAACGAAGCGUUCGAUAGAUUGAGAGAAGUCAUACCCUCAUUGGGAGCCGAUCAUAAAUUAUCAAAAUUUGAAACAUUACAAAUGGCUCAAAGUUACAUACACGCACUUUGCGAUUUAUUAGAAAGAGAAAAAUCGGGUUUGUUAUGA